ACAGCGUGACCUUUCAGAGCUCCGCGUGGCCUCCGCUCACUGACCGCACUUCCUGUGUCCCCCCGCCCCCCUCCGACGUCGAGCCCCCAAGAUGGCGGGAGGGGGGGGGACACAGGAAGCUAUCGGCCUCGGCCGCGGCGCGCUUCAGCCCACUCACAACCCAAACCACUAUCAGCCCCCCCGCCCCCGAGAGCUCCGGCUUAUGAAACGCAGAACGUUGUUUGUUUGUAACAGUUAGGUUCAGACCGACCUGCACGUGUUACACAAUGCACCCCCAAACACUGGAAAGACGCGAGAGAUGCGUCGAGGAGAUAAAGGUUCAGAAGGGUUGGUUUACUUUGGUUUGCUCCAAAGCAACAGCUCAGCCAGACAGCUCUGUAAAGGAAGCACUUUCAGGUAUUGUGCCAUCAAGGAUGACAUUUUCGUACUAGUGUACUUAUUGUACAUUCUGACCUAUCUUUCAGCGCAGACACCCAAAUUUCCUCAUUCAAAAUGCGUUUGUCUUGUUGAAUCGAGGUCAGGCCGCCACUCAUCACAGCAGCGGUGCGUGUUGGAGCGGCUGUUUCCAGAGGCGGCACCAGGGUUAUGGGUGCCCCAGCAGAAGGAGGAUUGGGGCCCCUCAAAACCAAUCAUAAUGUUAUGACUUGCUCCCUCAGUCUCAUCGUCUGUCUGUCGUCAUUGGUCACCUUUGAUGAACAAUGUGAAGCUAUUUGUGUGUUGAAAGCAUGUGCCCCUGAGGUGUGGUUGUUGAUGACGACUGGUCCAUGGCUGAACUGGUUUGAAACCACUAACACAAACAGCCUGACUAGGUUCUUCUCAGGGGAGCAGGGUUCUCCUCCUUUCACUCAGCACGAGGUGUGGUUCCUCUCGCUUUAAUGAACCCCUUCAGAAGACCGGCCGCUCUUCACAUGUUGUGAUGAAGCACAACGUUGUGUAGCUGACGAGCUGUGAGCCUUGUUUUAAUGUUCUGAAGGAUACCUCACCUGGGGUCCUUCAUAUAACCCUCGCUCUGUCUGUCUGUCUGUCUGUCUGUCUGUCCGUGUCUCUCUCUCUUUAACUGGUGUACGGAGAUGUCAUUGGGCACAGAGAGAGAGAGAGAGAGAGGGGGGAGUGUGUGGUUGUUGGUAUGAGAGGUAGUGGUGGGAGGGGGGCGGUAACUGAAUGAGGGCAAUAGUAGAGGAAGAGAGACUAGGCGAGAGAGAGAGAGAGAGAGAGAGAGAGAGGGGGCGGGAGGUGAGAGAGAGAGGUCGGGCUGUGGAGAGGACCUCAGUCAGAUACGCAGCCAUUCAUCAGGACCCCUUGGGAGACUACAACCACAACCAUGGCCCAGGAGGGGGGUGAAGAGACCGGGACCUGAGAGAGACUGGUACCUGAGAGAGACCGGGACCUGAGAGACCAGGACCUGAGAGAGACCGGGACCUGAGAGAGAACGGGACCGGGACCAGCUGGAGUCGUUGCCAUGGUGAUGCUGUGGUUGGCGUACCUCCUGCUGGGUUUGGACCCCCUCCCGCCGGCCCUCGGCCAGACGGCCCCUCCAGUGUCUCUCAAGCGCCUGUCCUGUGUGAAUGACUUUGUGAAGAAGGUGAUCUGCAGCUGGGCCCUGUCUGACCCCCCCUCCCGGGCCGCCCCCCCCUCCCGGGCCGCCCCCCCCUCCCGGUGCCAGGUUCGGGGCAGCAGGGACACCUGGGACAGCAAGAAGGGCCAGGGUGAGCUGCUGAGCUGGAGCUGUGAGGUCGAGGCGCUAGGAGGCAACGAGAGAGGAUGCAGCUACGUCUUUGAUACGGUGUUCGCCUGGGGCGAGGCGCUGCCCGAGGUUCAGGUGGACUGUGGUGGGACCAUCGUGGACCCCAUCCUGGGGUACCCUCUCAGGCAGCACAUUCAGAUGAACCCUCCAGGCCUUCCCAGCGUCAGCAGCAGUCCUAACGAGACGCUGAUCUCCUGGGGACCUGGGAGUCCUCUCUCCAGACACCUGAAGGAACCCAACAAAGCGUUUGAGCUUCAGAUCAAACACAGAGACCAGCAGUGGCAGGAGGCCCGCACUCUGUCCACCCCGGACCAGGAGCUGAGGUUCCCCAGCCUGGAGGGGGGGGCGGGCCCCCACCAGGUCAGGGUGAGAGUCCGGCCCCCCCAGGAGUACGGGUCCCACUGGAGCGACUGGGGCCCCGUGGCCUCCUGGGAGGUGGUCCCGGUGGUCCCUAUCCCUAACCCCAGGACCCCAGGACAGGUCCCCGUCCUGAAGACCUCUGUCCUCACAGCCGGGUCCUCGGCCCUCGGCCUGCUCCUCUUCAUCACUCUGCUCCUCAUGAUCUUUCACUACAAACCAAGGCUAUUCAGGAGCAAACCGCUUCCUGACCCGUCCAAAUACUUCCAGGGUCGGUGCUCUCUCCCUGGACCCGGCCUGAAGACGUGGCUGAACCCCCACUCCUCCUCCAGGCUGUGCUUCAGCUCCUUCAGCCCCGACUCCUUCUCCCCGGUGGCAGUAUCUCCCCCCCCUCCCUCCUCUGCCCCCCUGCCCCGCCCUCUCUGCUCCGGCUCCCCCGGUCAGUACCCUCCCCCCUUCUCCUACGUCUCCUCCUCCUCCCCCUCCUCCCCCUCCUCCUCCUCCUCCUCCUCCUCCUCCGCCUCCUCCUCCUCCUCCUCCUCCUCCUCCGCCUCCGACCCCCCCUCCUCCUCCUGUUUCUCUAACCUGACCUACGCCCCUGACGACGGUUCCCCUGACGACGGCCCCCCGGUGACGACCCCCACGCGGGAGCCCCAUCUGCUCCGCCUUCGGCCGCUCCACCUCAGGCCCUUCACUCCGGCCCCGGCCGCCUACCAGCCCCCCCUGCACCCCCCCACGGAGCCACAGAGCCCCGACUCAGGGAUCAGCGUGGGGCCCCAGUACCUGCUGGAGGAGGGGCGGGCCGGAGGCUGGGAGGAGCAGGGGGGGGUGAGGGAGGAGGAGGGGGGGGGGAGGGAGGAGGAGGGGGGGGUGAGGGAGGAGGAGGAGGAGAAAUGUUUGAACUCUUUGUGGGAGCAGGGCCUGAGCCGCGUCUUCCUCCUGGCCGCUCGGAGCUCCCCAGGGGCUCCGCCCUCGACCACGCCCUCCCCCCCAAGCCAACCCCCUUGGCCCUGGAGCCCCCCCCCCCCUGGACGAGGAGGAGGGUGAUUAUGAUGCUUAUGAGGAGGAGUACGACCUGAUGCCAGUAGGGGGCGCCAUGGGCCGGUCCAGCUCCAUGCCGGUGGAGCCCAGCAGUGGGUACCAUACCCUCAAAGACCUGCAGACCACCUACAGCAGCGUCUCCAUCUGACGGGGAGUGGCCACAGCGCCACCUGCUGGUACAGGCCCGGUACAGCUUGAUUUAAUAUGCAUAAACGCCGCCAUUUUAUGGCGGCGUUUAUGCAUAUUAAAUCAAGCUGCAUGGCGGAAUAAGCCUUCUUUGAUGCCUACAGACGUACAAGUCCGACUGAGUGAGUCAUGUGCUGUAUAUUUGCUACUUCAAAUCAAAAGUACUUUUCUUGUAGAAUUCAACGCAUUAAAGAUUACACAUAUAGCCACAAAGUGAGGAUCAUCUACACUCAACCUGUCCCUGUCUAUGAAUCAGCUUAAUCGCUGGGGAAUUCUUUCUUUACUCCUUAAAGCAAGAAAUCGUUCGAGUUUAUCUUAUAAAAUGGUCAAAAUGUAAUAUUUUUAUUGUUAUCUGUGAUUUGUUUAUAUGUGAUGAACAUUAAAUGUGAUGAUUCUAUCAAUGAUUUAGUUUAAGAAACAUGUAUGGCAAUACUGGUCUUUCGUUUAUGUUAUUUGAUCAAUCUAUUUUUAGGCAUGAUUUGUUAAUUCAAAAUGUAGCUUUUAUAUUUAGAUUUAAAAACAGCCAACCAAAUAAAAAUAAUGUAUUGAUUGCAA